AUGUCGCGCGCAUCGUCCCGCAAAGCAGCCGCGUCGCCCGGCGGUGUGUCCUCGUUUAUCAUGGCACGGUCGCAGCAAGAUCGAUUCCACUUGGCCACCGUUGACCACCACGACUACAACAUCCACCUGUGGCAGGUUGGCCUGUCGAUUGGGAACCGAGAAUUGCUCGUGGACGCCGAGCUCAAGCUCGAGGCUGGUGCGCAUUACGGCCUCGUGGGUCGCAACGGCACAGGCAAGUCGACGCUGCUGCAAGCCCUCGGCGACGGGUUGUUUGAAGGCAUUUCGUCCCACAUUCACGUCAUGUACGUCCACCAGUUGUUUCACGUCGACCUGGAAAACCCAGAGCUGUCUGUCGUGAACGUGCUGCUGAGUGGCGACAAGCAGCGCGUCAGCCGUCAGCACAUGAUCGAGUUGCUCGAAGCCGGCCUCGAGACCCAAACGCUGCACCAGACGUUGAAGCAGCUCGAAUAUGAGGCCGUCGAAGCGGCCCGAGCAAAGAUGGAGCGCGUCGCGAUCAAACGGAGCGGUCUGCGCGGCCUCACGGCGCGGAACAAGCUGCUGGCGCUCGAGAAAGACGUGGCCGUAGCCAAAGCCGCAUGGGAUCAAGCCAGCUCCAACCCACCGCCUGACACGGACGACGAGAUCCUAGCCGCUAACAACUGGCUCGAGUCACUGUACGAGCAAGAGGACAUGUCGAACGAACCGCGGGCGCGUGAAAUCCUCGUGGACAUUGGACUGCCCGUGGAGCAGCACGAUCGCCCGUUCCACGAGCUGUCUGGGGGGUGGAAGAUGCGCGUGUUCUUGGCCCAGAUUGAAUUUCUCCAGCCGAACCUGCUCUUGUUGGACGAACCGACCAACCACUUGGACCUUCCUCGCAUCCAGUGGGUGCAAAACUUUAUCCAAACCCGGUCAGCCACGACCGUGAAUUCCUCAACGCUGUUGCGGACAUGA